AUGGGCACUGGUAUGGACAGGUUUCUGUGGUCUGUGCUGCUGCUGCUGCCAGCCAUUGGACUCUGUGUGGCUCUGCCAGGGAGCUGGCUGCCAGGGGAAUAUGCAAACAACAAGGAGGAUGCUUUGAGGUUCCUCGAUAACUACAACGACACUGCCGAGGAGGUGUUAUUCCUCAGCGUCUCCGCCAGCUGGAACUACAACACCAACAUUACAGACCUCAACUCCAAGCUUCAGGUAAAUGCAUCACUUGAUGAGCAGGCGUUCGCUGAAGCCUGGGGCAAGAAGGCCAAGGUGGUCUUCUCUCCCGAGGUCCUCAACUCGCUCAUUGCAACAGACAGGAAACUGAUGGCAAAUAUCAUGCUACUGGGCGUUGCCAAUCUGCCAGUGGAAGAAAGAAAGGAGUACAACACCAUUCUCAGUAACAUGGACAAUAUUUACUCAACAGCCAAGGUCCAUGUGGACCCAAACAUAAGCUGGAGCCUGGAACCUCAUCUUACGGAUAUCAUGGCCAACUCCAGAAGCUACAAGAAACUGCUGUACGCGUGGGAGGGCUGGCACAACGCAUCAGGUGUACCUCUCAUGAAGCUCUACCCCACGUUUGUAGGGCUCAGCAACAAAGCUGCUCAAGCUGAUGGGUUUGCCGACACUGGAGCGGACUGGCGUUCAUGGUACGAGACUGAGACCUUUGAAGAGGAUUUAGAGAAACUCUACAGGACCAUUGAGCCCCUCUACCAGAACCUGCACGCCUUUGUGCGUCGCCAGCUCUACAACCAGUACGGACCCAAGUACAUCAACCUUAAAGGACCCAUCCCUGCCCACCUGCUAGGAAAUAUGUGGGCCCAGACCUGGAACAAUAUCUAUGGUAUGAUGAUCCCGUUUCCUGACAAACCCAACAUUGAUGUGACUGAUGAGAUGGUCAGACAAGGCUACAACGCCACACACAUGUUUCGUGUGGCCGAGGAGUUCUUCACUUCUCUGGGUUUGGAGCCGAUGCCUCAGGAGUUCUGGGAUGGAUCCAUGCUGGAGAAGCCUGAGGGUCGAGAGGUGGUGUGCCAUGCGUCUGCCUGGGACUUUUACAACCGCAAAGACUUCAGGAUCAAGCAGUGCACCACAGUGACGAUGGAGCAGCUCUUCACUGUUCACCAUGAGAUGGGGCACGUUCAGUAUUACCUGCAGUACAAGGACCUGCCUGUGGGCUACCGUCGCGGAGCCAACCCUGGUUUCCACGAGGCUAUUGGGGACGUUCUGUCUUUAUCAGUGUCCACGCCCAAACAUCUUAAAACCAUUGGCCUGCUGAAAACUGAUGCCUCCGACCCUGAAAGUGAUAUCAACUACCUGUUGAAGAUGGCUCUGGAGAAGAUUGCCUUCCUUCCCUUUGGCUACCUCAUCGACCAGUGGAGGUGGGGCGUGUUCAGUGAAAGCACUCCUCCAGAUGGCUACAACUCUGAUUGGUGGUACCUCAGGACAAAAUAUCAAGGCAUCUGUCCACCCAUCAGACGUAACGCGGAACACUUUGAUCCUGGGGCAAAAUUCCACAUCCCUGGGAACACACCGUACAUCAGGUAUUUUGUCAGCUUCAUCCUGCAGUUCCAGUUUCAUCAAAAAUUAUGCGAAGCAGCCAAUCACACUGGUCCUCUGCACACAUGUGACAUCUACCAGUCCAAAGAAGCAGGCGCCAUCUUGAAGAAAGUUCUCCAGUCUGGCUCUUCCCAGCCUUGGCCUGUUGUGCUCCAGGAGGCCAUAGGCACCAACAAGAUGGAUGCUAGCGCACUGAUGGAAUACUUUGACCCCAUUGUUAAGUGGCUUGAAAAGCAAAAUGUGAAAGAGGAAUUGGGAUGGUCUGACUUCGACUGGGUUCCACCCGUCCCUAAGGGCUACCCGGCGGAUAUCGGCAAGAAUACAGACGAGCUCGACGCAACAACGCUUCUGGACGAGUACAACAGCACAGCUGAGGUUGUGUGGAACGCCUACACCGAGGCCUCUUGGAAGUACAACACCGACAUCAAUGAAGCCAAUAAGGAAACGAUGCUUGAAAAAAGCCUGGAGAUGGCAGCCCACACCCUGGAGUAUGGACAGAAGGCCCGUCAGUACGACACCACGGACUUCCAGGACGGUUCGGUGAAACGCAUCAUCAAAAAACUCAGCGACAUCGAACGUGCCGCACUUCCCCCUGCAAAGCUCGAAGAGUACAACACUCUCCUGUCCAACAUGGAGACCAAGUACAGUGUGGCUGAGGUCUGCAGGGAUGAUGGGACUUGCCACCCAUUGGAUCCAGAUCUCCAGAAGAUCAUGGCAGAGUCCAGGGAUUAUGACGAGCUGUUGUUUGCCUGGAAGGGAUGGAGAGACUCUGCAGGAAAAGUGCUUCGUCAGGAUUACAAGAGAUAUGUUGAACUGGCCAACGAAGCUGCCACACUCAAUGGUCAUGCUGACAAUGGGGCCUCCUGGCGCUCCCUGUAUGAAACCCCAACUUUUGAGGAGGACCUGGAGAGUCUGUGGAAGGAGCUGGAGCCUCUCUAUCUGAAUGUGCAUGCCUAUGUUCGCAGGGCUUUGUACAAAAAGUACGGCGCCGAGCACAUCAACCUGAAGGGACCCAUCCCUGCUCAUUUGCUCGGUAACAUGUGGGCACAGACGUGGUCUGGCAUCAUGGAUUUGGCUAUCCCCUAUCCAGAUGCCACGCAGGUUGACGCCACACCAGCCAUGGUGGCACAGGGCUGGGAUGCCAUCAGAAUGUUUAAGGAAUCAGACAUUUUUUUCACCUCUCUUGGUUUGAUACCAAUGCCACAAGAGUUCUGGGACAAGUCCAUGCUGGAGAAGCCGUCUGACGGACGUAAGGUCGUGUGCCAUGCGUCGGCAUGGGACUUCUACAACCGGAAAGACUUCAGGAUCAAACAGUGCACUGUUGUGACCAUGGAUGACCUGAUCACGGUGCACCACGAGAUGGGCCACGUCCAGUACUUCCUGCAGUACAAAGACCGGCCCGUGUCCUUCCGCGAUGGGGCCAACCCUGGAUUCCACGAGGCCAUCGGCGACGUGCUGGCCCUCUCUGUGUCCACGCCCAAACACCUGCAGAGCAUCGGCCUCCUGGACAAAGUUGAGAACAACCACGAGAGUGAAAUCAACUUCCUGAUGAGCAUGGCACUUGACAAGAUCGCUUUCCUGCCUUUUGGCUACCUGAUGGACCAGUGGAGAUGGAAAGUAUUCGAUGGACGCAUCCCAUCCACUGAGUACAAUAAGGAGUGGUGGAACCUCAGAAUGAAAUACCAGGGGCUGGUUCCGCCUGUAACUCGCACUGAGGAUGACUUCGACCCCGGUGCAAAGUUCCACAUCCCUGCUAAUGUGCCCUACGUCAGGUACUUUGUGAGCUUCAUCGUCCAGUUCCAGUUCCACCAGGCUCUGUGUAACGCUGCCAACCAAACUGGGCUUCUCCAUAACUGUGAUAUCUAUAAAUCUAAAGAAGCUGGGAAGCUGCUCGGUGACGUGAUGAAGCUGGGCUUCAGUAAGCCCUGGCCCGAGGCAAUGACCAUGAUCACCGGCCAGCCCAAAAUGAGUGCCAAGCCACUCAUGCAGUAUUUCAAACCUCUGAUUGACUGGCUGGAGGUAGAGAACAACAAGAACAACGAAAUUCGCGGGUGGCCCGAGUACGCCUGGCAACCAUCAAGUAUGUCCACUGAAACUAAAGCAUCUACAGUGGACUUCCUGGGCAUGAGCGUGAAUGGCCCAGCUGCCGUAGCUGGACAGUGGGUCCUGUUGGCCAUUGGCCUGGUCCUCCUUGUGGCCACCAUCCUAUUGGCCAACAAAUACAGGAAGUCAAGGAAGCAGGGAAAGUCCUUAUCCAUGAUGGAGCUCAAGCAAAAGGACUAG